AUGUACCACGCCUUUUACGGCAUCCCCUCGCCCUCCUCACCCCCUCCUCUCUCCCUCCUCUCUCCUCAUCUCUACAAUCUCCACCCCCCUUACCUCCCCCCAUCCCCCAGCAACCCUCCCAUGUACCACGGCAGCAUCCUCUCCCCUCCUCACCCUCCUCACCCCUCCUCUCCCCCCUGCUCCCCGCUCCCCUCCCCCUGCUCCCCGCUCCCCUCCCCCCUGCUCCCCGCUCCCCUCCCCCCGCCUAUCCCGCCCCCCAGCAACUCCCCCAUGUACCACGUGUUCUCCUACGGCAUUGACUGGCUGUGGGUGAGGAGAUUAACUACCAACUCGCCAGACGACUCGCCCAACACGGACAGCCUUAAGCUCCUUGGCGUGCGCCACGCGCUCAUUGAGAAUUGCACCUUCCACGGGGGCGAUGAUGACGUGUCACUGGUGGCACGUGGCAGCCAGGCAGUGGCCAACGUGACAAUCCGGAAUCUUGUCGCCACGUCAGGGCACGGGAUCAGCAUCGGGAGUUUGGGGGCAGGGGGGGCGGUGGCGUGCGUGUCGGAUGUGAGCUUCAAAGAUUUGAUAUUAUCAGAUCUGUCGAAUGGGUUGCGGAUCAAGUCGUGGCAGGGCGGAUUGGGAGUGGUGCGGAAUGUACAGUACGAGAAUGUGUACAUGACAAACAUCGAGCGGGCGAUUACACUUGACCAGUUCUACUGUGACAAAAACCAGGACUUUCCUUGUGAGCCUUCGCCCGACAAUGUGGCAUUGGUCAACAUCUCAUACACCGAUGUCUACGGCACUGCUUCCAAGUAUGCAAUGGACAUGGAGUGCAGCGAUACAGUACCAUGCACUGGCAUCUCCCUUGACAAUGUCAAGCUGGGUGGAACAAGCUCAAGCACCAGGGAACCUGUGUUCAAGAACAUUCUGUCAAGCCAUGCUGCGGGUGACGUGGCCCCAUUGCCAAAACACAUGACAUCUUACGAGGAGUGGGGUGUAAGUACACCUACCGACGAGCAGGUAGCAAGCAUAGAAGAGAUGAUGGCAAAAUGCACGUGA